CAGAGCAGAUGGUUAAACGAAGCAUUAACAUAAACGCGAUCAAUGAUAAUGAUCAGACGCCUUUGGAAUUGCUGGAGUUGCUCAAAAUAAUAAAGAACUGGAGCGUUUUCUUAUGAGAAAUGGACCAACAAGGGUUUUUGUCAAGUAUCAGAAUAUAGCACAUUAUGUGGUCGAGAGGAAAAGUACCUAUAUCAUGUCUUCAUGCCAUUAUCAAAUUUUAUUUGGUUAGAAAAUUUCAAGGAAAGGAAGUAAACGAGAAUAUUAUAAAUUUUAUCACAGCGGAGCAGAUUAGCGAACAUUACAACCUUAGUUUGAAGGAUUUAGAAUCCUUGAAGCAUGAUAUUGUGAUAGCAAUAUCUCGCUGUACGAUAUUCUCUUCAAACCUGAAGAAGAUGUGGUGAAGUACUUCAGAAACAAGAACGUUGUAUCAGAGGUUAGGGGAAAAAUCAUGAAAAAAUUUGAGUUCAGUUAUGAGCUUGUAGAAAUUCGGGAUAAUGCUCUAGCUAGAGAAUCUUGAAGAAAAGUGUCAAAAUGAAUUCCUCUUCGUCCUCCGGUGAUUCAGAACCUGGCGACAUAGAGACCGGUUACAUUCCAAUUGAGACAUGGAUAACCCGAAGAGAAGAGAUUGAGGAAAUUCAGUCUGCUGUGUCUUCAGGAGAUGCUGAUAGUAUAUUCAGUGCAAUUAUGUAUCUAGCUACCGACAGCAGGUUUUGGAUUAGUGGAAUUAUAUCACAUUUGAUGGGUCGUAUGGUUAAUCCCAAGCCAAAAUAUUCUCAUUUGCUCUUUCCACCUUUAGAAAAAUGUCUAUACCAGAGGUUAGUUUUAUAAGUUUAGUUGAAGUGAAUUUUUUGAAAUUAAGUUGAUUACUUGGAAGAAUAUCUUAAUUCACGCAGAUAUCUGAAGAUUAAUUAUUAUACGAGCAUACUUGGAUUAUGAAAUAUGGGGAAGGAAACAGCAAGGUUAUAUGUGAGGUUUCCAGUUGAAAUUAAUGAAGAAUUGGAAGUAAUGAAUCUUUGCUCAUAUAUUGAAGCAGUGCACUUACCACGACAGAAAUCUGCGAGCUGGUGCAUUGUAGAUUUUAAGUCUUCAGAACAAAGACAGGAGGGAAUUCAAAUUUUGAAACAGAUCAAGAUAAAUGGAAAAUAUCUCAUUGUUAAAUCGGUGAAUUGUAAAUCCAAACUUCAAAAGUCUCGGAAGAAGUCUGAUUGUGUUGAUUCAGUUCAAGACUUCCUAAAGAUUUAAAUAAGUUUCAAAUAAGAUAUAUCUUUGUAUAAUGGAAGAGAUUGAUUGUUACAUUGUUACCACAUAAACUGUGAACUGCAUAACCACGGACCAGAGUUUUUAAAAGGAAUUGUUCUUAUAGGAACUGCCCUCGAACGAUCAGACAACAUUCAGCUGAUAAGUACGCUUUUAGAUUUAGGCUGCAAUGUAAAUAGCAAGGACGGAAGAUCACGGAAUAUUCUACACCUAUUGGCCCUUAAGUAUUUCCCUUCUAGACCUUAUCUACAAGUAGCAGAGCUGAUGGUUAAACGAGGAAUUAAUAUAAACGCGAUAAAUGAUUAUGAUCAGACGCCUUUGGAAUAUGCAGUUGCGGGAAAUAAUGAUGAACUGGUUCGCUUUCUUCUGAGAAAUGCACCAACAAGGGUUUUUGUCAAGGUCAAGUAUCAGAAUAAUGCACAUUAUGCGGUCGAGAGCAAAAGUAUAUCAUGUCUUCAUACCAUUAUCAAAUUUUAUUUAGUUAGAAAAUCUCAAGGAAAAGAACUGGACGAAAACAUUAUGAAUUAUAUCACAAGGGAACUUUUUCACAUUUGAUUGAAUGAUUUAGAAUCUCCCAAGCAGAAUAUUGAAUAUACGAAUGUGUCGCUGUACGAUAUUCUCUUCAAACCUGAAGAAGAAGUGGUGAAGUACUUCAGAAACAAGAACGUUGUAUCAGAGGUUCGGGGAUUAAUCAUGGAAAAAUUUGAGUUUAGUUAUGAGCUUGCAGAAAUUCGGGAAAUUUGAAAGAGCGAAACAUGAGAAGAAUAAAUAGGCUAGUAUACAGGACUGUGCAAGAUGGAACUAGGAAAAAACUCAUUGAAGUUAUUAAGAGACUGUUCAAAAUUGUUACCAUUUUAGGUAACAACUCACAUGGUUUCGGACCUGGAUAUGGUAAAAGAAUUCGACUAUGUGAUGAACUCCUCGCAAUGUAUACAGUCCAUAAUACUUGUGGAAUAGAUAAGUUAAAAGAUAUCAUUUUUUUUGGAACUGCUGUUCACUACACCCACCAUAUUGAUCUUGCAAAUAGGCUUUUAGAUUUAGUAUGUAACAUAAAUGCAAGGGACUACGCAGGAAGAAUUAUACUGCAUCUAUUGAAAAAAACAAGCGAUGAACCGGAAUCUUACCUUAAAUUAGCUGAGUUGUUGAUCAAAAGAGGCAUUGAUCUGAAUGCAGUAGAUAGGAAUGAGCAGUCUCCACUAGAAACUGCAGUUCUGCGUGAAGAUUUCGAUUUUACGAUUUUGCUUUUAAGAAACGGAGCAAACUUAAAUUCAAAUCAUUGCCAGACGGUCGCUCAUUGUGCACUAAAAAGACGAAAUUUAGCAUGUUUCUAUGCAAUCGUUAAGUUCUGUUUAGUAGAAGACCUACAAGGUAAAAAAGUCGACGAUAAAGUUAUGGAUUUUAUCAGAAACGAUAGUAAUAGUGUGCAUUACGAAUUCUGUUUGAACGCUAUAAACUUAUUGAAACACAGAAUUGUUUACACCAAAGUGAUGCUGCAUGAUAUUCUGAAGGCACCGAAAAGAACAGCUGUUAAAUAUUUGAGAAACAACUAUGUACUGUUAGGAGUCAAUAGAUAUAUCAUGGAGUAUUCUGAAUUCUCCUACGAUAUUAUGAAAGUUAGGGAUGAGGCUUUAAUGAGGAUAAAUCUUGAAGAUUCCUCCAUAGAAAAGUUCAGAUCUUUGUUUGGAUUACCUAGGGAGUGCUCUGAAGUGAUUUUAUCUCAUCUUAAAGACGAUGAUUUGAAAAAUUUUUUAAUCGCUUGGAAACAUUGAACGCGAGUGAAAAAAAUUCGAAAUAGAAUUGAACGGACAGGAUGGACUGCAAAUUUUUGCAUUGAUAAACCAAAAAAAAACUUGAUCUUGUAAAUAAGCUUUUAUAUUUGUAAUACCAAUGAUACAGGACUAUACUGCAUCGAUCAUUAGAUAAAGAGUUAUUAUCUAUAUUGAUAUGUAUAUUUACAAUUGUCUUUUAUGCAUACAAAUUUAUAAGAAUUAAAUAAAUUGAAACAAUACCAAAUGAAGUAUUUUUACUUAUACCCUGCACAUAGAAUGAUUAAUAGGCUUUGAAAAAUAUGGAUUGAAAAAGUGAAAAAUAUGCAUACAAAUGUGCAUCUGAAAUAUUAAAAUUGAGCAUUAUACCAUAACCAUUAAAAAAAUGGUUUAUAGAUUCAAAUAAAAUCGUUAAAAUUCAAAUAACUGGAAGCAACAGCAGAAUUCCAUUUAGAUCUUGUAAAUAUUUGAAAAAAUUGAAAUAUUUAAAAAGUAUUUUUGUAUAAAUCCGACUACACUUUUUUCUGUAAGACUACUCUUAUUGAAUUCACUUAACCUAUCAAAAAUAUUUUCAACGUAUCGUAUGCUACUCUCUCAAGAAAAUCUAUUGGUUUUCCAUUUCAAAGUAGCCUUGACUAUACAAGUAGAAUUACAUUCAACGAAAAUUAAAUUUUAAUCCUUUGCGUUGAAGAAUUUUGAGCAUUCUUUAUGGUUUACGCUUUUUCAGGAUGGAAAUCGAAUUUGGUCAUUUGAACAAUAAGUUCAGAAUG